CUCUGAGUCGUGCUAUGAGCAGCAGGGGAUCGAUCAGGAAAGGGCCUGCCGUGUAUAUGAGAGAUGCCUGUGCUCUUCGAGCUGUGGAGGAGACUUCCUCUGUCUGCUGUUAGUCAGGUUAGAAAUGUUAGACAAGCCCUUCAUGUGAACACUGUAGGUUUCUACAGCACACUAAGCAAGUCAAAUGAUGUGGCUGUUCAAUAUAAGCAUGGACUCCCUGUUAUAACAGUCUCCCUGCCAUCGCGGAAUGAACGCUGCCAAUUCACCAUUAAACCCUUCACAACUACAGUGGGAAAGUUCUUAAAGGACAUCCAAAAUGAGGACCAAGGAAUUGAGAAACUGGCUGCUAUAUCCACAGAUGGUGCCAAGUUCUCUUCUUCAACACUGAUGGAUGUCUUACUAAAGAAUGAUUUCCAUCUUGUCAUAAACAAUUCAACAUACCAUGUCCAGUCUCUUCAGGCAGACAAGCAGCCCAUUCAUGAGUCUGAUGGAUUUGAUCCUGUAAAGUCUUUGAUUCAGGACCUGUAUUCAACAUUGCACUUAGAAGAACUUCAUAUACACAAAGAACACGAGCUGCUACAGAGGAUAGAAGCUAUGAAAGAAGAGCUGCUGCCACUAGAGCAGAUUAAGUUACAUAUAAUGGCUUAUUCAGAGGCCAGGACUAAGAUUCUUUUGUGGACUGGACUGGCAAUUCUGUCUACACAGGGAGGAGCUUUAGGCUAUCUCACCUGGUGGGUUUACUCCUGGGAUAUCAUGGAGCCUGUUACAUAUUUCCUUACAUAUGGAAAUGCCAUUGCCUUCGGUGUAUACUACAUUCUAACCAACAUGGACUAUGUUUAUCCAGAUGGAAGAGACCGUGAGUUCCUGCAUUUCUUCUACAAAAGAGCCAAGAAGCAGCACUUUGAUGUAGACCGAUACAAUCAGCUGAGGAAUCAACUGGCAGAAACGGAAGAAAGUUUAAGACGUCUGCAGAAUCCUCUAAAACUCAAGCUUCCAAUUGAGCAGCUACAAGAGAAAGAAUGACAUGGAAAAUUUUUAUGUAGUUUAGGAAAUUCUUUGUGUUUUAAAUAAUGUUGUAAAUUAAACUGGACCUUUUGACCACUACUUUAAGAGAUUACAAUAAAUGAUUAA